AUGGCUACCACCAGGUCCGCCGCCGCCGCCGCCGCCGCCGCCGCCGCCGCUCUCGGCGCCUCCAGUUCAGGUACUGCUGGUGAAAAGGAUACUUUACCGGUCGAGUCUACCAAUGGAGCUGCUCCUUUUCCAGGCUUAGAGACAAAACAGGAACAAACAAAUUGGAUGGGAUAUCUGGGCCUAGCACAAAAGAAGGCAGAGUCCCCUAAAGAAGAUGCAUUACAGAAGGGAUCAAGUGUCUCGCCGAACAGCUCCAGUGACAAUGGUGUGCAGGAUAAAUCUAAUGACAAGGCCAGAAGGCUUGUUGCUGCUGCUCUUGUAGAAGUUAAGGAUGCUGCAGUUGCAACAUCUGGCAGACAGGAAAAUUGGCGCGAUCAAUCAUCGUCUGUAUCUAAUGCUGAUUCAAAGGAAGUAUCCGAAAAGGCGAAAGCUCCUGCAUCUUCAGGUGUCGAUGCUUUCCUCGAACAGAUUAAGAAGAAGCCAAAGCUCAGUGUGCUUGACAAAACGAAAAAGGACUGGGGGGAGUUUAAAGAAGAGAAAGGGUUGGAGGAGGAGUUGGAAUCUUACAAGAAGAGUUCAAACCAAUAUUUGGACAAGGUAAACUUCUUGCAGCGAGCAGAUUGCCGAGAGUUUGAACGGGAGGGGGAUGCACAGCUGGCCGUGCAGGCCAAAGGGAAGCCAGAUAUGCGGGAGGAUCCAUAACUGCAAAAGAUUCAGGGUUGCGUCCGAUUGACAUGUUCAAAUUUCCCAACUGGGAAUUUUCGCGGGAGGAUGGGCGGCUGCUGCAAUUUUUACGGGGUAUUGUGCAUUUGCUUGAGGUUUUUUCAACAUUUCCUGGAUUUUCAAGGAGAGGAGAGAAUGGCCGGUAAUUGUAAUCCGAUUUUUCUGAUGAGAUUGUAAGUCUCGAUUCUUAGAUGAGGAACUUGAAGCGUCAGGUGAUGGGAAUAAUGAGUGAGUUCAAUUCUUUCACUUCAUUUGUUGAAAUAACAUAUGUCAAAUAACGGUUCAUCUUCUAAGUUCUAACUGGACUAUUCAUCA